UGCGCAUCACUGGCCAUCUGAGGUAGAAGAUGGCCGCAGGUGUUCUCCGGACAGUUUUAAAGAAAUCCGGGGCAUUUGCCCCGGAUGCAAAGACCUUGUUGCAAAAUUCCGGUGCCCUGAGUGUUUACAAUCCCCAGAGGAAUGCAGGUCGUUGGUACCCAGAUGAAGAGUACGUCAAGCAAUUCGUGGGACCUUUGAUGGUGCCCAAUGAUGGUGUCAAGUGGAAAUACAUGCCACCCCUGGAUAAGCCAGCGGUCAUUGAGAAAAAUAUCCAGAACACACGAAUAAAUUUUGGACCUCAACAUCCAGCUGCUCACGGAGUACUUCGGCUAGUGCUGGAGCUCGAGGGAGAGUAUGUCAGGAAUGCUGAUCCACAUGUUGGUCUGCUUCAUCGUGGCACUGAGAAGCUCAUCGAGUAUAAGACCUACAUGCAGGCACUUCCUUACUUCGAUCGACUCGACUAUGUUUCCAUGAUGUGCAAUGAGCAGUGCUUCUCUAUGGCUAUUGAGAAAUUGUUGAAUAUUGAGGUGCCAAUUCGUGCUAAAUAUAUCAGGACAUUAUUUGCUGAGAUUACACGAAUCCUCAAUCACAUAAUGGGAAUCGGAACCCAUGCAUUGGAUAUUGGAGCUCUGACUCCAUUCUUCUGGCUCUUUGAGGAGCGUGAGAAGCUCAUGGAGUUUUACGAACGUGUGAGUGGAGCUCGCAUGCACGCAGCUUACGUUCGUCCCGGUGGAGUGUCCCAAGAUCUUCCUCUCGGUUUAAUGGACGACAUUUACCAGUGGGCUCGUCAGUACGCAGCCCAGAUCGACCAGGUUGAGGAUCUUCUGACCAGAAACGUCAUCUGGAGGAGCAGAACCAUGAACAUUGGCACUGUGACUGUACAGCAGGCCCUCGACUGGGGAUUCAGUGGUGUCAUGCUUCGUGGUUCUGGGUACAAGUGGGACAUCAGGAAGACUGCACCUUAUGAUGCUUAUGAUCUUGUUGACUUCGACGUGCCGAUUGGUAUUGCGGGAGAUUGUUACGACAGGUACUUGUGUCGUGUCGAAGAGAUGCGACAAUCCCUCAGAAUAAUCGAGCAGUGUCUGAAUCAAAUGCCAGCUGGUGAAAUUAAAGUGGACGACAACAAAAUCGUGCCCCCCAGUCGCCAAGAGAUGAAGACAAGUAUGGAAGCACUGAUCCAUCACUUCAAGCUCUUCAGCCAGGGCUUCCAGGUGCCACCUGGUGCUACCUACACAGCUAUCGAGGCCCCUAAGGGUGAAUUCGGAGUUUACCUGGUGAGUGAUGGCAGCAGCAAGCCUUAUCGCUGCAAAAUCAAGGCACCAGGUUUCGCCCACUUGGCAGCCCUCCAGGAAAUCGGUCCUCGACACUUCCUCGCUGAUAUAGUCGCCAUCAUCGGUACCAUGGACAUUGUCUUCGGGGAGAUCGAUCGAUAAAUUACUCUUUAGAAUCGCAUUUGAAGUAAACUUGAUCGACGGUUCAUUUGUAUAUUAUAGAUUGAGUAAAUUAUAGAAAAAAUAAAGUACGAAUAAAAUUCUGUGAAUAAAA